AUGAAGUACCUAAUAACAGGGGCAACAGGUGGUCUGGGUGGUCACAUCUUGGAUUACUUUAUCACCGAAAUCCCCCUUUCUGACUUCGCCGCGUCGUCUUCCAACCCCGAAAACAGAUCACGGUUUGAGAGCCGAGGGGUCAAUUUUCGUCAUUUGGAUUAUGAGGAUCCUACCACUCUGAGCAAAGCUCUACAUGACGUAGAGAAUUUACUCUUCAUUAGUACGAAUGCAAACGUGAUCGACGUCGAAAAGGUCAAGAGGCAGCACCGGAAUGUUGUAGACGCUGCCAGGCAAGCCAAUGUUAAGCAUGUUUGGUACACCUCUCUCCCAUUUGGGGGGCUGACGAACGACUCGGAGGUUGCAGUCCAAAGGGCCCACUUGGCUACCGAGAAGAUGCUCCAGGAAUCCGGACUUACGUUUACCUGCAUUCGUGAGGGAAUUUACGUUGAAGGCUUCCCACUCUUUCUCAACUGGUACCCGGAGACCACCCGUAUCACUCUCCCGGGGGAUGGGGAGAUUGCCUUCACGAGCCGGGUGGAGCUUGCUGAAUGUACAGCACGCCUCAUGAUCCUGGGGGGAUUCGAGAACAGGACUGUUCUUCUUACAGCCGAGGAAACGAUCACGGCAAAGGAGCUAGUAAGCGUGAUUAAUGAAACUACGGGCCGUCGAGUGGAGCUCUCCUAUGUCUCGCAGGAAGAAUUUGUGCACGCAGGUCCGCCCAGUGACAGAGGGGGAAAGUCUCGGACGUUUUUCGAAACAUUGGUUUCGCUGUGGGAGUCUGCUGCCAGGGGAGAGCUUCGACCAAUGGACGGUUUGAUGCGGGAGAUUCUGGGUAGGGACCCAUUAACACCGCGAGAUGCUGUAAGGCAGCUGCUGGUAGAGAAUAGGGACCAUACCUGGCAUCAAAUGUAUUCACACUGA